AUGGAAAGUACUCUUCCCAGUGAAGCUGUACAUCAAAUUGAUUACAGCGAGGGUACUCCCGUAGAAGCGACGCAUUCUUUACCGCCAGGAAAUUUAAGUUUGAGUGGUGCUCCGAACAAUACUCAACUUGUGAGGGGUAGUUUGGCUAGGGUUUUGGAUUUUUAUAACACUGAAUUACUGGCCGCGAAUUUUCCAAAAUUCAAACAUACUUUGAGCCAGUCUUGCCAAAAAGAUGUGGGCGCUUAUAUACAGGGGUUGAUAACUGCAGAGAAUUGGGCUUUAAAAAUGGACGAUGCUAGUGGCAGAUAUUCAACCGGAUGGUUUUGGGGAAACAGCUAUUGGGUUGGAUCUCAGAAUUUAUGCGAACAUAUUAACCCGAAAAAACAAAUUAUCAUCAUAUCUCAAAACCAUUCAAGAUCUGCUAGAGCUGCGGACGCUUCUUUGAAACCCCACAGUCCAGGUUUUGCUAUGGGAUUCAAACCAGGUCCUGUGGUAUAUACCAAUGGACCUCCAUUUCCAGUAUCAUUUUUCAAACUAAGACUUCAUGUCAAUUCAAGUUUUACGACAGAGGAAAAAAUACUCCAUCUCGGCCUAUGCUUACCUCACGCAUGUUCAGCAAAUGAUGCUCAAAAGAUUAUGGAAGGAGCUUCAGCUUCUUCAACGAAAAUUACGGUUAAAGUUCAAUUAGUCAGAUCUGAACAUAAUAGAUACAAUUAUUGGACAGACAGCACAUUCAUUGCUUUGAGUGUUACCACCGCAAUUAUAAUUUUCAUGUUGAUAAUUGGUACAGCAUUUGACUAUUAUUUGGAGUAUUUGAAAAAUUGCAGUAUGAAAGAGAAAAGCUGCACUCAUUUUAAUAUGAGUAUGCCGGAUCUAAAAGGAAAGAACGGGCUUUACGUAGUGAACAACAAUAAUAAUAAUAAUAACAACAUUCCCUGUGACGAUCAUGCUCGCAGUUUUGACCUUAGUAGUAGCAAUGCUUCCAUAUCACAAGAGACUCUCUUAAAAUUCGUUUUAAAGGAGAUGCUGCUCUCAUUUUCUGUAAGAAUAAAUAUGGGUUAUAUUUGCGAUCAAACAGUUGGAAGUGACACUAUAUCUGUAAUACAUGGUCUAAAAGCUAUAAGUAUGGCUUGGGUAGUUUUGGGACAUACGUGUAUCGUUGCCUUCAAGUAUUCAGAUAAUAUGGAAUACAGAAGAAUUGUUCAAAAAGAGUUUCUCUUUCAAACUGUAACGAAUGGAACCUUCAGUGUAGAUACUUUCUUUUUUUGCAGCGGUCUUUUGGUCUCUUUUCUGUAUUUUAGAACAAACGCCAAAGGAAAACUAGAUUCAUUGAAUAAAGGCAACGGAUUUAUUGCUGGCGUGUUACAUUUCUUGGGAUUAGUUGGUUACAGAUUUGCAAGAUUAACUUUUCCUUACUUGUUCACUCUGGGAAUUGUGGAGGUUACGAUGAAAUGGUUCGCAUAUAAUUCAGUAUUCGAACCUCCUACCAUGGAUCAUUUGAAUUGUCCAAAUUACUGGUGGAGGAAUAUUCUCUAUAUAAACACGUUAUUCCCAGUCGAUCAAAUGUGUAUGUUGUGGAGUUGGUAUUUGUCAGAUGAUACACAAUUUUACGUGGUUGGAGCAAUCAUAUUAAUAUUGGCAACAAGUCAUUUUAAGAGCGCAGCCGCUAUUCUUUUGGUCUUCAUGACGAGUUCUUGGAUAACAACUGGUUAUAUAGCUUACAGCAAUAGUCACAUGCCUGGAUUAGACGAUCCUUUAGCGUUAUUUGAUAAAAUUUAUGACAAACCUUGGACAAGGUUAGGUCCUUACCUAAUCGGAAUGUGUACUGGAUGGUUCUUGUUUAAGAAAAAUUGUCAACUACAACUAUCAAAGAUUAUUCUUUCGGUCGGUUGGAUUUUGUCUAUUGGAACUUUGUUAUCAUUAGUAUACGGUCUAUAUGAAACAAAAUUGACACCAUGGUUAGGCGCCACUUAUAGUUCUUUGAGUCACUCAGCUUGGGCACUUGCCUUGGCAUGGAUAGUAGUCGCAUGUGUUACCGGUUAUGGUGGACCCGUGGAUAAAAUACUAUCAGCUACUAUUCUGUAUCCAUUCAGUCGCGUGACUUAUUGCGCUUAUUUAGUCCAUCCGAUUGCAAUAAGAGUGAUGGUUAUGUACAUGGAUAGUCCUCUACAUCUUGGCAGUGUUAUAACAGUGAUAAUAUAUUUAGGUCAGAUGAUGUUAUCCUACAUUUUAUCUUUCUUCGUAUCGGUAGCAUUCGAAGCGCCUAUUGUUUCUUUAUUAAGAAUUAUAACUAAAGUAUUCACUUUAAGGAAACCACCGACUCAUAACAAUAAUGAUCACGUUUCAGUCACGUAUCGUACUUAA